AAACAUGUAAGGAAAAAGAAGUGAUUCUUUUUGCCUCAUUUGGCGGCAAAUGGAGGGUAAGCUGCAGGCCAAGUUAUCAUAUAUAUAGUAAACCCUAAAAUUUUCAUUCCUGAGUUGACCACCAUCUCUUUCCUCCUUGGUUUCAUUCUCUUCGCCCCGAAUGGAACCUGAUCAUUCAGCCGUAGAAAGCUCCGACGAGGCAAUAACCUCGGUGGACAAAAGCUCAACUCAAACAAGUGUAGCAACUGGUAGAUCAUACGAAUGCAAUUUUUGCAAAAGAGGUUUCACCAAUGCGCAAGCACUUGGAGGCCAUAUGAACGUCCACCGGAAGCACAAGGCUAAGCUCAAAGAAUCAUCCUCCUCACCACCACCAAUCGCCGCCGCUGCUACCACUGCCAACCCGUUUUCAAGUUCUAAAGGGAAAAAGAAACCAUUGCCGCUUUUCGGUGAAGGGUUGUCGGUUUCAGGAAAUGUGCAUCCAGAAAAUACGCCAUCAUCGGUGCGGGAAGUAGACCUUGAGCUCAGGUUAGGACAUACCCAGUCUUCAGGGAGUAAGAGUACUACAACAAGAAAAUUCUUCUAACUAAUCAAACUAAUUUUUUGUGGGUGUUUAUUGAUUUAAGUUCUUGUUAA